UACAGGUCGUUUACGUCAGUGCCACCGCCUAGUUGCUUCUUUUCCGUUCUUAUCUUCGAAUCGCAAAGUCCGCUCUUCAUCAAUAAUUUCAAGCGAGUGGAAUCGUUCACCGGAGGGAAUCAAUCUUCUUCAUCGCAGCUCUCAUUGAUUCUAAUCAUGGCGGUGCACAAAUCCCAUGCUUCCUGGCUCAGGAAUGCAGGUUCGGUAUUCUCCUGCAUCCUCAGUUUGCUGCUCUUUCUGUCACCGGAGAGAGCUAAAGCUCAAGCUCCGGCUCCUCAACCUCAAUCUCAAGCUAGGGCUGAUCCAGUUGAAGCUCUGGCGUUGAACACAAUCUUUGGAAGAUGGGGUUUGAAGGCACAGUCAACAUGGAAUAUUAGUGGUGAACUAUGCAAUGGUGUGGCUAUUGAUUCAACCAUAUUGGAUGGCGAUAUCUUCAAUCCUGGAAUCAAAUGUGACUGCAGUUACAACAAUGGCACCAUCUGCCAUAUCGAUCAGUUGAGGAUAUUUAACUUGGAUGUGGUUGGAACCAUCCCUGAAGAGCUGCAAGAUCUACCCUAUCUCUGGAAUCUAAAUUUUUGGAAAAAUUACCUGACUGGUUCUGUGCCUGCAUUUUUUGGGAACUUCACCAGGAUGCAAUACCUAAGCGUAGGGAAUAAUGCAUUGUCAGGGCCAAUACCAAAGGAACUUGGCAACCUUCAGCGACUUAUCUCUCUGGGUUUAUCAAAUAAUAACUUCAGUGGUUCCAUCCCUCCAGAGUUUGGGAAUUUGACCAGCAUACAAAGACUAUAUGUGGAUAGUUCUGGACUUAGAGGUGAGCUACCACCAACACUGUCCAAUCUGAAAACCUUGUCAACGUUUUGGGCUUCAAACUGUAAUUUCACGGGCAAAGUUCCUGAUUUCAUCGGGGAAUGGAGAAACCUAACCGUCUUGCGGCUUCAAGGCAACUCCUUUGAAGGCCCAAUUCCUGCAAGUUUUUCUAGCCUCAACCAACUUACUGAACUAAGAAUAGGGGAUAUCAUAAAUGGGAGCUCCUCUUUAGAAUUUAUACGUGACAUGACAUCUCUCAGCACUUUAGUGUUAAGAAACUGCAAGAUUUCUGAUGCUAUUCCGUCAAACUUUUCACACUAUACAAGUUUACAGCAACUGGAUUUGAGUUUUAACAAUAUAACAGGGGAAGUUCCUCAGUCCCUCUUCAGUUUGAGUUCACUUGCCUACGUUUUUCUUGGCAAUAACAGCCUAUCUGGUAACCUACCAGCUCAAAAGAGCAAUGCACUGAUGAAUAUAGAUCUUUCAUACAAUCAAUUAUCAGGAACCUUUCCCUCUUGGGUUAGCCAACGAAAUCUGCAGCUAAACUUGGUGUCAAACAACUUUGUAAUUGAUGAUUCCAACAGCAGCAUAUUACCUUCAGGGUUAAGAUGUCUUCAACGAGAUUUCCCAUGCUAUCGUGGUUCUCCAAACUAUUAUUCCUUUGCAAUAAAAUGUGGAGGCAGUAAUCCUGUUACAGCUUCUGAUGGUACACUAUACGAGAAGGAUAAUGCAAGUCUCUCAAGUGCAUCAUACUUCGUGACAGAUCCAAUUAGAUGGGCUGUCAGCAAUGUUGGAAGCUUUACAGAUGCUUCUAAUAGUAAUUAUAUAAUUACUAUUAAUUCUAACUUCCAGGGUACUCUAGAUCCAGAAUUGUUUUACACUGCUAGACUAUCUCCAUCUUCACUGAGAUAUUACGGUUUUGGUCUUGAGAACGGAAAUUACACCAUAAAACUCCAAUUUUCUGAGUUUGCUAUCCUUGAUACACCUUCUUGGAGAAGUGCUGGUAAUAGGAUGUUUGAUAUUUAUAUUCAGGGUAUUCAAAAAGAGAGAGAUUUUGAUAUAAAAAGGGAAGCUGGUGGGAGAUCAACACGAGCUGUUGUCAGGGAAUAUGUUGCUCCAGUCACCAACAAUUUUCUUGAAAUCCAUUUCUUUUGGGCUGGAAAGGGUACUUGCUGUACACCAUUUAAUGGAUAUUACGGCCCAUCUAUCUCAGCUAUCAGUGUAUCACCUAAUGAUUUCAAUCCUACUGUAUCAAACCAACCACUUGGCAUAAAUUCAAAAAAAGAUCCUAAAGGUUUGAUUGCCGGUGUUUCCACUGCUGCCACUGUUUUAGGAUUGUUUGUUAUAUAUGUGACUUUUAUCUUGAUACAAAGAAAGAAAAGGUUAAACAAACAAAAUUCAGUAUUGACAGGACUAGAUGUGAAACCUUACACAUUUAGUUAUGCUGAACUGAGGGCUGCAACUGAAGAUUUCAAUCCUGCCAAUGUACUGGGAGAAGGAGGAUAUGGCCAAGUGUUUAAGGGCAUACUGAAUGAUGGGAGAACAGUGGCUGUUAAGCAACUCUCUACUACAUCCAACCAAGGAAAGGGCCAGUUCUUGACAGAGAUUGCAACUAUAUCUGCUGUGCAACACCGGAACCUUGUGAGAUUGCAUGGCUGCUGUGUUGAUGAAGACAAGCGAAUUCUGGUGUAUGAAUACCUAGAAAACGGGAGUCUCGACCAUGCAAUAUUUGGGAAGAAGAAUUUACUCCUUGGUUGGCCAAAGCGUUUUGACAUAUUAUUAGGUGUAGCAAAAGGCCUCACCUAUCUACACGAGGAGUCAAGAUUAAGAAUUGUGCAUAGAGACGUCAAAGCUAGUAAUAUUCUACUUGAUGCUGAUCUUGACCCCAAAAUCUCAGAUUUCGGUCUGGCUAAGCUCUAUGAUGACAAGAUGACUCACAUGAAUACAAGGGUCGCUGGUACAAUUGGCUACCUGGCACCGGAGUAUGCACUGAGAGGACAUCUAACAGAGAAAGCUGAUGUGUUUGCAUUUGGAGUGGUGGCUUUGGAGGUUCUUAGUGGAAGGCCUAACUCUGAUGAUAGUCUUGGUCACGAGACAGUUUAUCUUCUUGACUGGGUCUGGAACUUGCUCGAGAACAAUAACAAAUUGGCGAUGUUGGAUGAGAAGCUGGAGUCAUUUGAUGAGGAAGAGGUCAACCGGGUUAUUGGAGUAGCUCUGCUUUGCACCCAGGCAUCACCAUCUUGCCGGCCAACAAUGUCAAGGGUGGUGGGCAUGUUGGCAGGAGAUGUGGAAAUUCCAUAUGUCCCUGAAAGGCCAACUUAUCUGCUUCUAUGGCAAUAUAGGGAUGUCACCAGCAGCUUUGCGUUCGAUGACACUACUGAUGCUUCAAUCGUAAGGCGAGCAAAUAACCAACCGAGUCCUCCACGUGAUUGGAGCAAAGGGGAGAGUGUGGAAACUGGACCAUUUUCUUCGCAGUCAAUUGAAAGCGAUAUCACUGCCGAGGGAAGAUGAAUUUUGCUUACCAGUGUUUAAAAUCAUUACAAGGAUUUGGCCAGCAGCAUCACCACUCAGCUAAGUCUUCGAUUCAUACAUUUAUUCAAAUGAAAGUUGAAUAACCUUAUCGGAGAUUUCAUAACAAAUUUACAGAAACUUGUAUUUGUCUAUAGAUAAUGCAUAUCCACUAUUGGAUUGCCCGUGUAACUAAAAUUUCUCCAUUUUCAAGUUCUGAUAAGAUAAGUCAUAAAUGUUGAGCAACAUCAUUCCUUUUGGUACA